UCUAUGCAGGACAGCACGGAGCAGGGCCCAAAGGCUCCAUGAAAAUCAGUGAAAGUCGACUAUAAAUUGCAUUCCAAAACAAUCAGUAAACCAGUUAACAGACUAGUAAAUAUUUUCAAAUUUUUUAGACAUUAAAUUUUAAAAGUGAAAAAAAAAUAAAUAAAAAAUUAAGUUAAGAAGAAAUUUGAAGCGGCUGGAGGAAAAACAAAAUCAGCUGCCUGGGCGCAGCGGCUUCAGCUGCUCAACGACUGCGCCGAAUCGAAAAGUCGGUCAACAGCGAGACUUGGAGACUUGUAAACACUUUUAGGCCAUGUGCUAAAAGCAGAAAGCCAAAGCGAGUAGCUCGCUCUGCCGCGCCGAACUGCGUCAGAGAUAUUGGGCCAGGCCAAAAACAGAAAGGUAAACAAAAACCUGUGUGCGCGUGUGUUUGCAUCCAUAAAACACCGGCCGCCCGCAAAACCGUCAAGGUCCUUUUCCUUUUGUGGCCCGCCGUGACGUCAUCAUCAUCAUGGCCGGCUGCUGCACACGCCCACCCGCCCUCCUCGCCCACAUUUGGCGUCACUGCAAGCCGCUCUGCCUGCUCCUCAUCCUCCUGCUCCUCUGCGAAACGGUUCAGGCCAAUCCCGAUGCCAAACGCCUCUACGAUGAUCUCCUGAGCAACUACAAUCGCCUCAUUCGCCCAGUAAGCAAUAACACGGACACGGUUCUGGUCAAAUUGGGUCUACGGCUGUCCCAACUCAUCGAUUUGAAUCUCAAAGAUCAAAUUCUAACGACCAACGUGUGGCUGGAGCACGAGUGGCAGGAUCAUAAAUUCAAGUGGGAUCCCUCCGAGUACGGCGGCGUCACCGAGCUUUAUGUGCCCUCCGAGCACAUCUGGCUGCCCGACAUUGUGCUCUACAACAAUGCCGAUGGCGAGUAUGUGGUCACCACCAUGACAAAGGCCAUUCUCCACUAUACAGGAAAAGUUGUGUGGACUCCGCCGGCCAUUUUCAAGUCGAGCUGCGAGAUUGAUGUGCGCUACUUUCCCUUCGAUCAGCAAACUUGCUUCAUGAAGUUCGGUUCGUGGACCUACGACGGCGAUCAGAUCGAUUUGAAGCACAUCAGCCAGAAGAACGACAAGGACAACAAGGUGGAGAUUGGCAUCGACCUGCGCGAAUAUUAUCCCAGUGUCGAGUGGGACAUCCUUGGCGUUCCGGCGGAGCGGCACGAAAAAUACUAUCCGUGCUGCGCGGAACCGUAUCCGGAUAUCUUCUUCAACAUCACACUUCGACGGAAGACUCUCUUCUACACUGUGAAUCUAAUCAUUCCCUGCGUGGGAAUCUCCUAUCUUUCGGUGUUGGUAUUUUAUUUACCCGCUGAUUCUGGGGAAAAGAUUGCUUUGUGUAUCAGUAUCCUCCUGUCGCAAACCAUGUUCUUUUUGCUGAUAUCCGAGAUUAUACCCUCCACUUCACUGGCUCUUCCGUUGCUGGGGAAAUAUCUCCUCUUCACCAUGUUGCUGGUCGGACUGAGUGUCGUCAUCACGAUUAUCAUACUGAACAUCCACUACCGGAAGCCGAGCACCCACAAGAUGCGACCCUGGAUCCGGUCGUUCUUCAUCAAGCGGCUGCCCAAGCUGCUGCUGAUGCGGGUGCCCAAGGACCUACUGCGUGACCUGGCGGCCAACAAGAUCAACUACGGCCUCAAGUUCAGCAAGACCAAGUUCGGACAGGCGCUGAUGGACGAGAUGCAAAUGAACUCCGGCGGCUCCAGUCCGGAUUCCCUGCGCAGGAUGCAAGGACGCGUCGGAGGAGGCGGGUGCAAUGGCAUGCACGUGACCACAGCCACAAACAGAUUCAGCGGCCUGGUGGGGGCUUUGGGCGGCGGCCUGAGCACUUUGAGCGGCUACAACGGACUGCCGUCGGUACUGUCCGGGCUGGACGACUCUUUGAGCGAUGUGGCCGCACGCAAGAAGUAUCCUUUCGAGCUGGAGAAGGCCAUACACAACGUCAUGUUCAUACAGCAUCACAUGCAGCGGCAGGACGAGUUCAAUGCGGAAGAUCAGGAUUGGGGCUUUGUGGCAAUGGUGAUGGAUCGCCUGUUCCUCUGGCUCUUCAUGAUUGCAUCCUUGGUGGGCACCUUUGUGAUCCUGGGAGAGGCUCCUUCGCUCUAUGACGAUACCAAGGCCAUCGAUGUUCAGCUAUCCGACGUUGCCAAGCAAAUCUACAAUCUAACCGAGAAGAAGAAUUAAAUUCAACAAGAACAUUAACUUAAGACAAUUUCCUAGUUUAAUGCAGUGUUUCAGCAAAUUAAAAUACGAUAUAAUAAAAAACGUUGGCCCAAAAGCA